GCCUUGAAUGGUUCAUCCCAUCAAAAUUUGGAUGCCCUCUCUUCUUUUUCUCUCCUUUGGCUCUGCCUGGUACUAUCGUUGCAUCGGCCUUGACCCUUGAGAUUAAUUUUCAUAGAAAUUGACCCUUCUUUGUAGCUUCAUUUGCUCAGAUCAUAAAAAAUAAAAAGAUCGAAACGAUCUAUAGAUGGAGAGAAAAUUGAUGAAAUCAUAUUCGGAGAUCAAGAUGUCGAAACGGGAGGAGAAUAGUCGUAGGUUGUUGAUCACGAUUAAUGUAUUGGGAAGUGCUGGACCAUUAAGGUUUGUUGUGAGUGAGAAUGAUAAGGUUGCUAAGGUUGUUGAGACUGCUUUGAAAAAAUAUGGUCGAGAGGGCCGGCUUCCAGUUAUGAGUUAUGAUAUCAACGAUUUCUUUCUUUACUCAGCCAGUUCUGGAGCUGAUGCUCUGGGACCAUCAGACUUGAUAGGAUCAGUAGGAGUGAGGAAUUUCAUCCUCUGUAAGAAGCAAAAACAGCUACUGAUGACAGUAGGGCGGGCACAUGGGAUUUCUCAGAAUGGAAAAAGAGGCUGGAAGGCUUGGCUAACUAAGUCCUUUAACUUCAAAAUUUAUCCCCAUUGAAUCACUUUCGUGUGUCUUUGUUAAUUGUGGUUUCAUCAAGCCUGUAAUAAGUUUAUUUUGUGCUCUUAAGUGCGUGCCAUUGUAAUGAAUAUAAUAUAUAGUUGCAUUAAUAAAGAUGUGUAUAUGCAUCAACUACUUAUGUAACUCAAACGGUUAUAAUGAUACUCAACAUUCCUGGCUGCCUUCGUUA